GCCAGCUCGAAGUGCCACGACUUCACAGCGGAGCAGAGCUCGGAUCCAGCGGAGCGAGAGAGAGGGAGAGAGUGGAAAAAAGAAAAGCAGGAAAGCUACAUAGCUGGAUAUACAGGCAGCUUUGCACCCAAAGUCACUUCAACUCUUUUCCCCCCUCAGCCUGUUCCCGGUGCAGCCGCAGCUUUAUCUCCGCCGGAGUCAGUAAGUCAGUUUACUGAAAUACAACAAUGGACAUCUAUGACCCCCAGACCCUUGGGAUUAUGGUAUUUGGUGGAUUCAUGGUGAUCUCUGCUGUCGGGAUCGCCCUUGUCUCCACCUUCUCAAUGAAGGAGACUUCUUAUGAGGAGGCCCUGGCUAAACAACGUAAAGAGUUGGGUAAAAUCCACCCUUCUCGUGCUGACAAAAAGAAAAAGGACAAAGUAUCUGAGAAGAAAAGUCGUGGGAAGAAGAAAGACGAAAAGCCAAAUGGAAAAAUUCCAGAACAAGAGAAGAUUGAAGACUCUGCUGAAGACGAGCUAGUGAUUGAGGCUGCUGCACCAGUUGUGUCUGCUGCUCCUGCUGUGUCUGCGGCUCCUGUCUCUGAGCCUGCCCCUGCCGUUGAGGUUAAAUCAGAACCGGCCUCUGUGGCUGCAGAAUCGCAGCCCAGAAUUGCAGCUGAACCGAUCCCUGUCGCAGAGCCUUCACCUGUGCCCACACCUAAAGAGAAAAAGAAGAAGAAGGUGGCAAAGGUUGAGCCAGCAUCAACUCAGGCAGCUCCAACUGUGUCCGCUCCUGCACCAAUUAAGUCUUCAGCUGCCCCUGUCGUAACUCAGGCUCCUCCCUCUGCCCCAGGCAAGACAACCGGCCCAGCAAAGUCUGCCCCUGCAUCCACCAAGUCUGCCCCUGCCCCUGCCAAGUCUGCUCCUGUCCCUGCAUCAACCAAGUCUGCUCCUGCCCCUACCAAGUCUGCUCCUGCCCCUGCAUCAACCAAGUCUGCCCCGGCACAAGCCAAAGCUGCCCCGGCACAAGCCAAAGCUGCCCCUGCACAAGCUAAAGCUGCCCCUGCUCCUGCAACAGCCAAGUCUGCCCCUUCCACGAACAAAUCCGCACCUAGCAAGUCUGCUGCAGCCUCAGCCAAGACUGCCCCCGUGCUGGAGUCCGUCACCAAAGAUGUCCCAGUGAUGGCCGUGCCCCCGGUGGGAUCUCAGCAGGCUCCUCCCGCUGUCAAACCACAAGAGCCUAAGAAGAAGGCUUCAAAGAAGAAGUCUGAGCCUGUGGUAGCGAUGGACUCUGCUGAUGCUCCGCUGUACCUCCCUUACAAGGCUCUGGUUUCCACCAUCAGUAGCAUGAUGUUCAGUGAGGGAGAAGCUCAUAGGCUCAUCGAGAUCCUUUCUGAGAAGAUCGGCAUCAUUCAGGACACCUGGCACACGGCCACUCAGAAAGGAGAUCCAGUGGCCAUUCUGAAGAAGCAGCUGGAUGAGAGGGAGAAACAACUGGCAGCAGAACAAGAAGACGGUUCUGCUGUAAAGAACCGUCUCAGAGAACUCACAAAGGAACUGUCUGCUGAGAAGUCCAAAGUGGCCAACGUGGAGACAAAACUGAGUUCUCAGCUGAGUAAGAGGGAACAAGAAAUGAUUGCUCUCCAAGCCCGUAUGCAGGCCAGUUACCAGGACCAUGUAGCCCAGACCCAGAGUCUUAAUGCAAAGAUCCUGAGUCUGCAGGACCAGCUGGAAAAAGGCCCCAAUGCUCAACUUGCUCGCCUGCAGCAGGAGAACUCGAUCCUUCGUGAUGCCCUCAAUCAAGCCACGAGUCAAGCUGAGAGCAAACAAAAUGCAGAGCUUGCCAAACUGCGACAGGAAUGUGCAAAGUUGACCAAAGAGCUUGGAGAGAAGACUGAAAGUCUGCUCUCUGAGGAACACGUCAAGAAAGGGCUGGAGGCCAAGGUCACCGCAACGGAGAAGCAGCUCACACUGCUGCAGGCCGGCCGCACGGAGAGUGAGCAGGCGUUACAGAAGAAACUGGAGGAGGUGUGUGAAGAGCUCAGAACAACACAGAGUAAAAACGGCAGCCUCCAGGCCACUCUGGACAAGGCCCAACAGGAAAGCAGCACGCUCUCAGAGUAUCAAGUGCGCGUAGAGAGAUUGGAGAGUGAAAUGAGGGAGAGCUCUGCUCAGGUGGAAACCCUCACCAACCAGCUGGAAGAGACGCAGAAGGAGAAAAGCCAGCUUGUAGAGCAGGCGGCCUCCAUCAACUCGCUGUUGGAAGCCAGUCAGAACAAGAAAGAGGACGGCAAACAGGAGGAAAAUGAAGCAGAAUUGGAACAACUAAAGCUCAGCCUGGUGGAGAGAGAUGGCCAAGUGAGCACACUUCAGGAGGAGCUGAAGCAACUACAAACAAAGCAGGAAGCUGCUGAAACAACAAUUGUUGAGCUUGAGCAAAAAAAUAAGAGUGAGGACAGCAGCAGCCUCAUCUCAUCACUUCAGGACGAACUUAAAAACCUCAAAGAGGAGAUGGUGCAACUAGAAAACACAACAUCAGAUACCUCCACAGAGCAUUCACAACUACAGAGCAGUCUCAGUGAGAAGGAUGCCCUUGUUACAUCACUACAGGAGGAACUGAGACAAGCAAAAGAAAAUACAGCCAUGGAUGCAAGUGUUACGGCACAACUGGCAACUUUUCAAAGUGAAACCAAAGAGAGUCUCCAGUUACUCUUCCCACAGAUACCAGUAGAGACCGAGCAGUCCGACUGGUUGCAGGUAUUUACCCAAAAAGCUCAGGAGGCACUGAGUCAGAAAAGUGAGGAGCCUCAGUCAGGCGCAGCGUCGCCAGAGGUGCACGAGAAACUGAAGGAGGCAGAGGAGAGCCGUAGCACCAUGCAAGCCGAAUGUGAACAGUACAGGGCCGUUCUGGCUGAAACGGAAGGAAUGUUGAAACAUCUCCAGAAGAGUGUGGAAGAGGAAGAGCUGGUCUGGAAAUCCAAGAUGGCCAACUCAGAAGAACAACUGAAGGAGGCUUUGCAGAAAGUCAGCGACCUGGAAGGAGAAACCCAAAGUGUAGGACAGUUGAAGGAGCAGAUGAUGCUCCUGGAAGCCCAGCUGGAGAAGCAGUCGGACAACCUGAUGGCUUUGGAGGAAGUGGAGCAGCUGAACCAGCAGCUGUCGGCGUGCCAGAGCCAGCUGGAUUUGGCCCAGAAGGAGGCCCAGGCACACAAGGUGGAGCUCGAACAGGUCAAAGAGCAGCUGGGUGAGAUCACGAAGCGGGCUCAGGGGGAGCAGAACGGCCCAGCUGAGGCUGAACCCAGUCAGGUUCAGAACACGUUGAGUCUGACGAUGGAGAAGCUGCACGGGGAGGCCACCCAGAGGCAGCAGCUCUCUGAGGAGUUUGAGCAGGCCCAGAGGACUGUAGCAGAACUUCAGGCCCAGCUGGUUUCUGCAGAGUCAGCUCAAUCUGAUACUGAAGAUGUAGCUCAGCUCAAGGAGCGCUUGGAGAAGGAGAAAAAACUGUCCAAAGACUUGGGUCAAGCAGCCACCAAGCUGCAGCAACUUCUUAAAACCACUCAGGAGCAGCUGACCAAAGAGAGAGAAACUGUGAGAACACUACAGGACCCCCAGGAGGAGGACAAGGGAGAGUUUGUGGAACUGAAGGAAGGAACAUCUGUCUGAGAGGAAGUUCACAGCGAACACUACAAGAAACUGCCAAAUAUGCCUUAUGAUUACCAUAGUUAUGCAUUCCAAAAUAAUUUCUUUCUUGUACUGUAGUUGAUUGCAUUUGUUGCAACUGUAGUCCUCAAAUAUUUUUGUGUAAUGAACAUUUCAAAAUAAGAUUAGAGGAGAGAAUCCUGCUGCAAUCUUUAAACCCACAUUCCACCUACAAUUCUGACUAUGUCAGAAGUUAUUUAUCCCCUUGCCUUAUAUUCCAAACAUCUCCCCAUAGUUCAGUGUUAAAAGGGAAACCGAAUGUACGUCAAACGUACAUCAACCUGUGCAAUUACUUUUGUAUGUCUUUUCUAUGUGGUUGAAUGAUGGGAACUUUAUUUUCUUUUUUUUUAUUGUGUACCGAUGCAGUACCUUUAGGGCCUGCUUUCCUCUAUAGCUGGCUGACAAUAACACACAUGGAAUUUGUAUGAAUGAAUAAACUACAGUGUAGCACUAUGUAAACCUGC